CAAUAAUUAUUAAUAAAUGUUUCUCUAUGUACAAUAAUAAUUCGUUACAUAACAUUUCGUACAUUAUCGAUGCAACGUGGCCAAUGAGAAGAAAGAUUUUUAUAAAUAAGACGUAAUACUACAUUUAUACUGGUCUUGUGCGUGCUUAUAAACUGAUUACAAAAGAAAGAGAAUUUAUUGCAGUGAAUCAGAUAAAAUGGAAUCGUUUGAGAAAGAUAAAAUGGAAUCAUUUGAGACUGAUAAAAAGUUAUUGGAAGUUUUGGAAAUUUUUCUUUCACCAAACUAUAACAUUACUUCUGUAACUUAUCUUGAUCUUCUGUUGACUCACAUAGAAGAAUUACUAAAUAAACAAGCUUCACUAAAUCAACGACAUUAUGAAGUUCUUCAUAAAUGGGUUUUGCAAGCAUUAAACACAUGGGAUUCUAAUAGCAAACCGUCUAGACCCAUAAUAAUAUUUACGUUAAAACUUGUUGGAAUAGUUGCUUCCAAUGAAUUAGAUUUUCACCAAUGGCAACGUUAUAAUGUAUAUGAGAAACUUUGCUCUAUCAUUCAACCUUCCGAUGAACAUUUAUCUGCGUCUGUUAUAAUUGCUUAUACCCAAAUGUUAUCGAAUUUAAUUAAACAUGAAAGUGGUAGAAAAUGGGUACUUCAUUCAGGUGUCUGGAAAGAUAUCGUAAAGUGUGCUCAUAAAAAUUAUACUAUGUACAUUACCCACGAGAGUCAAAAAUUUUUAUGGACUCUUCUCUUACACGAACAAGAAAAUAUUCCUAUUUGUAUGGAAAUUAUAUCAGCUAUAGCUGAUCCAUUAGUAAAAAAUAGUUAUAAUUCUCAAACACAUCAAACUUUAGAAGACAGUUACUUAGAUGAAAACGAAUUUCUAUGUAAUACUUUAGGUUUAAUCACCAGCAUUUUUGAAAACACGCUGUUCAUAAGCAUGGAUAGUAACAUACCGGACUUUUUCGAAGAACUUUACGAAUUAGAAAUGCGGGUUAAAGCACUUUUUGAAGCAUGCAUUGGUACUAGAUUUCUUCAGCAUGUACAUAAACUGUUGUUGUUAUUACUUUUCUUAAAAUUGAAACGUGGAAUCAGAAGUGAUACUAAGGCCAUAGACAAUGACGUAUGGCAAAAAUUCAACUAUGGUAUAUGCUAUAUAUCAAUGAUGCUACUAUCCAAAAAAUAUAUUGUUGAACUUAUUAAAACUAAUAAAUUUUUAAUGAUAUAUUGGAAAAAAUUGCGUACGCUAUGUGAGUUUACCUUGCCAGAACAACACAAAUUUGAGCAUCAAGCAAUAGUGCUAAUGAUUCUACCAUUGUGUAUAUGUGUGAGAAAAGAUCAUAUACAGAAUGAAUUAUUUGAUAUGUUUAUUAAUAAAAUUUUUGAUGUAACGUGUAUGCCAGUGCAAAGAUUAUUGUAUAACAUUAGAGAUGUAAUUUGGAAAAGUGAUUUACCAUUAGAAAAUAUUUGUAAAAUAUCAAUUGAUUUACUUUUAGAAAUAACAAACAUCAUGGACAGGGAUGUAGCAGUUAUUACAUUUCAAACGUUGUGUCAUAUUUUAAAAAAUUAUCUACCAAAUGUACGAGAUGGAAUGAAAAUUUGUUCAUCUUCGGAAUCUAGUAAAACAAAUCUCCCAGACAAUUCAAGAAAAAUAACUUAUAAGUCAAUAUUAGAAGGUGAUCCGAUAGUUGAUAAUCCUAUUUUAUUGGCAUCACUUCUUAAUGGUCUUGCUGUUAUAACAGAAAAGUUUAAAUUGAAAUGGCAAGAAUGCGUUGAAACAAUAUGUCUAUUGUCUCUUGCGCAAGGUAUUUUAAAUCAUCAAGGUAUUUUACCUAUGCUUUGUGUGAAAGCAUUAAAAGUAUGUAAGCUGGCUAUUCAAAACUUUAUGCCACCAAAUUUGGCAUUGCUCGUAGAUUCGGAUAGUCACAUGAAUGAAAUCGGUCCGACAUUUUAUAAAAGAUUACACGAUCCUAAUUGGGAAGUUAGAGAUAGUGUAUUAGAAGUACUAAACACUAUCGCAAUUAUUUCAGAAGAUAAAUAUCCAGCAUUCCAAGAUUUUUUACUUUCUAAUCAAUUUGUAGAAUUGGCAAUUGAUAUUGCAUUGACAGAUGGAGAAAGCUACGUACGAGCGUCCGCUCUAAUUUUUAUUUCGUCUACCAUUCGUAUAAAAAAAUUGUGGGAUGAAAAAUUAUCUUUUUUUAAUUUUCCCGAUAUAAUUAUAAAAUUGUAUAACAAUGAAACUGAAGGUAUAGUUCGAAGAGAAGCCGUAAUUUUAAUGAAAGAAUUAUACAUUUAUAGAAAAUGGUUGAAAAAUACUAUUAGUUGUAUAUCAGAAGUAAUGUCCGUGGCAGCUAUUUUUGAUUUACAUUGGGAAGUUAAAAUAAGUGCAUUAGAAUUUUGGAAACAUUUCAUUAAAUCUCAUUUGAGCGAUCAAGGGAUGUUAGAUGGGUCAUUUCCAAAUGUAACAUUUUCUAAAGAGCAAAGAAAAAUAGUCGCGUUGGAUGAAAACGAAAUAAAACGUAGAUUAAAUAAAGCACUGGAUGAACUUGCGAGACAAAAUUGUUUGGGUGUUUUGUUGGUCACUUUAAAAGACGAUAGCGAUUUUGAAGUCUGUAAAGCUUCAGCAAUGAUUAUAAACAAGUUAAAAACAUUUUUAUUAAAAUAUAAAAUCAAUGAUUCAUUACUCGAAAUAUCCUCACCAAAAGAUAGUGCUGUUAUAGAUAAUUCAUAUGUCAAACAUGUUCAACAAGAUGCGCCAUCAGUUCAAUUGGAAAAACAACCUAGCAAUUCUCAUAACAUCAUCGAUGAAAUUGUAAAUACAAAUGAUGCGAAGCUCUUAGCUAACGUAUAUAGUAAUAAUUCUCAAGAAAAUGAUAACGAAAAUACAGAAAAGAAGAUGUUAAAGUAUAUCUCCCGUGUAACUAAGCAAGACUUUUUAGAUGUUGUAUUUAAUUCCGAUAUUGAUACUUAUAUAGAAGAAAAAAGUCAAUGGUUAAAAGGAUACACUAAUAGUUUGGAAUCUAUUUUGGAUGACAUUUUGACGAUGCAUAAACAAGGAGACGUAAACUCAAUGGACUGUUAUUGAACGAAUAAAACCUUAUCUCACAAGUGCCUUUAUAAAUUGUAUAAAUUGUACAAAAGUAAGCAUUGAUUUCUUUUUUUGAGAUCGAUGAUUCUCUUCAGUA